UUCACUUUUGUUGCGGUGUAGGGGCAAAGGUCAGAUAACAUUUGCGUGGACGGGACAAAAUAUUCGUCGAUUUUCACCAGUUUUCCUGUGAUCUCUGACGAGUUUGGGACACGUUGAGACAACCAGAGACGUACAGAAGAAACUGAGGGUUCCAAACUGCUUGGAAGAACCUCUCAGACUGUCUUACGAAAGACACUGUGCGGCACCUUGACCUGUUUGCUGAGGAAAGAAGAGGCGCCAACAAAAUCAAGAUGGCCUCUCCCAUACAAAAAUAUAUUCUGGAGAAAAAAGCCGCCGAGAACAAGCAGAACGUGCGGUGUCAGAAGUGCCUGGAGCUGGGACACUGGACGUACGAGUGCACGGGGAAGAGGAAAUACACCCACCGACCGUCCCGCACUGUGGAGAUGAAGAAAAAACUCAAGGCUAAUGAACAGCAGAAACUGGCUAUCAUGCCACCAGAGGGAGCAGCUGCUAAAAAGGAGAAAGUGAAAAAGAAGAAAAGGACCAAGAGCUCCAGCAGCAGUGACAGUUCAUCUGACAGUGACUCGUCAUCAGACUCCUCCUCAGACUCCAGUACAGACUCAGACUCUGACUCCAGCUCCAGCUCCAGUAGCAGCUCCAGCAGUAGUUCCAGCAGUGAGGAGGAGAGGAAGAAGAGAAAAAGGAAGAGAAGAAGGAAAGAAUAGCAGUGUGAAUAGUCUAUAGUUUUAAGGACGUAAGAUGGCACUAAGACCGUAGAUUUGAAAGUGUGAGAGCCAGAGCUUAGCAUUUUCAAAGGCACUUCAGUAUCAACCAGUGAUCCUGCUAUCAUCUGAGGUAACAUUUGUUAGAAACAAGUGCUCAAUGUCCAAUUGUAUUACAUUGUACCUUAUACUAUAUAUUCUCGUGUAAUGUACAAUAGCCAAUGUAUGCAGAAAUAAACUCAAUGUUCAUUUUCAUGAUUUUGUGAAGUCCUU